AUGUACUGGUCGAAAGAUCACGAUCUUCUUUUAGUAAGAGAAGUGCUAAUUGUUGAUCCAUAUAGCCAGUCAAAGGGAAGUAGGGAGAGAGCGAAACUGUGGGAAGAAAUUGCCUUAAACCUGAGUGCAGUGUCUGAGCCCCGUUUCUUGGUUUCUAUGAGGUCUGUAAGAGACCAUGUAAACCUGGUUCUAAUAAAGAAACACAAAAGAAAGGUUGCAGAAGAAAGGAGGGCCUGCGGAAUAGCAGUUGAUGAGCCCUCAGAGUUUGAUGCAGCAAUUGAAAAAAUACGUAAGAAAGCCGAAGCUGCAGAGAGAGAUCAGCAAAUGACAUCAGAGGGGAAAAAAGCCAAUGCAGAGAAAGAGAAAAAGCAAGUAGAGGAUAUAAGAGCCUAUUCCAUUCUUACUUUCAGUAAUUUUUAG